CCAGCUCGUGAGUGCUGGCUCUUGCUGUCGUGUGCCGAAAAAAAAGAAGAAAAAGAAAUCAGUUCACUCAUACCAUAUCUCUAUAGAGUAGUAGUUUGCUGGAACGCAUCGGUAGCCAGUCGAACCAGCCGGGUAGUAUUCCCUUACUAACUUGGUGACUUGGUCACUCAGUGACCGUGCUUCGCGCCAAUAACGAUCGUUCACAAGUAAAGGCGCACCUGAAUUUCUUUAUACAUACAUCGUAAUCGAGUGUCAUUUUUUUUCUCUAACCUUGAAGAAUCUUUAAUUACUUUGCGGUUUUGCGAUAACAAUUACACCAAAUUAUUCGUGCAUACUAGUCACUGAACUCUUAAUUCGGAAUUAUUAGCAAAGUGUUUAUCCAUAGAUUUUUAUUUAUGUUUAUACGUGAAUUUAUUAGAUUCCGUACUGAUGUUUUUUUUUAUUUUUUUUUUAUUUUAUAAUCAAAUUAUCAAAUAGUUGUUUGUGAAAAAAUUUAUUCGAGUGAUCAAAAACAACAAUCAAAUUAUUGUGGAUGAUUAUUAAAUAAAUGAUGUGAAGAUUUUGGAAUGAAGAUAAGUGCGUUGUAAUAAAUUGAAUAAACUACCAAAAGAAAAAUAAAAAAAAAAACUAAGUAAGUAAGUUCUGGAUAUUGUGAUUUCCAAGUAUAGUUGAUGAUAAACGGUGUUUUCAGUGACAAUGUCAGAAAGUUCGGAUCAAUUGUCAUCACCAAGUAGCGAUUGUAACAGUCAAAUGGGCCACAGAAGUGUAGGUUCAAGUCAUACUGGCUAUAACAAUAUCAUGUCUGGAUUAUCGUUGACCAUUCAUCAACAUCAAGGUAAUGGUAUCAAUGGAGGUUCACGUUAUGGUCAAGAGCAGUCUAACUGCACGAAUUCGGUUGAUGUUUCUACGAGUAAUAUUAACGUUGGUAAUUUAUCAGUCAGUAGUAAUUCAACUAAUUUUACUCCCGAACAAAUAUCGUGUAUGUGUGAAGCUUUAUCACAGAGCCAAGAUAUCGAAAAAUUAACAAGAUUUUUAUGGUCUUUGCCGCCGGGUGAAUUACUUCGAGGUGAUGAAAGUGUACUUAUGGCUCGUGCAGCAGUGGCGUUUCAUCGGUGCGCCUUUCAUGAGCUCUAUUCAAUCCUUGAGAGUCAUCCUUUUUCACCCCGUCGGCACCCGGAGCUUCAACAAAUGUGGUUCAAAUCGCAUUACAGCGAGGCUGAGAAGAUUCGUGGCCGGGCUUUGGGUGCUGUUGACAAAUAUCGUCUUAGAAAAAAAUAUCCGCUGCCUAAAACAAUUUGGGAUGGUGAAGAAACUGUCUAUUGUUUUAAAGAACGUUCAAGAAAUGCACUUAAAGAGUGCUAUACCAGAAAUAGGUAUCCGACGCCAGAUGAAAAAAAAAGUCUUGCUAAGAAAACGGGACUUACACUCACUCAAGUGUCUAAUUGGUUUAAAAAUCGUCGGCAACGUGAUCGCACGCCGCAAGCACGACCAGACAUGCUUUCUCUUAAUUGCCAGAGUAACAAUGGUAAUAUUAACGGUGGCAAUAAUAGCGGUAAUACAGUUGGUGGUGGUCAUCAACCUCUUCAAUCAAUGGAAUCUGGUAGUCCUAAUUUAGCAAUGUCACCUAUUUCAACAAUGGGUAUGUCACCGGUAGGAAUGAAUCCCUGCAGUCCGAUGGGUCUAAGUCCAAUGGGUCCGCAUCAUCAUAGUUAUGGUUCACCAGUUACACCAUCUUCAAUUCAUUCUGCUCAUCCUUCCAAUGGAGGGCUUAGUCCAAUGAGUGAUGUUAAAACAUUGUCUUAUGGGCGAGGUGCAUAUGAUAAUGGCAAGGAUGUGGAACAAAGUUCAAUUUAUUAUUCAUCCCAUUCAAGUAUGCAUCAUCAGUAUUAUCAACAAAACCAUCAUCAAGCGAUGGCGGGUGGUCAUCAUCACCACCAUCACCAUCAUCAUCAUCAACAAGAUAUACCGUCGGGUUAUGAAAUUAUGCUUCCUCCUACUCAACAUUCCAUGUGACCCAUGGAAUAUGGAAAUAACCGCGAUAAUCAAUUUCACCAUAGCCAAAGUUCAUGCGAUGAUAUUUUAGCUCGCGCCCAUGCGUUCGCUUAGAAAAUAAUGUCUUUGAUAUUUAUACAAAGAAUGUAUAAAAUCAUUUAAAGAAUCUUUGCUUAUUGACGGAAAUCUCAAAGAUUCCAUUAAGCUUUAGAUAUAAUAUAAUCUGAUUUUAUUUAAAGAAAAUUUAUUUUACAAAUGCUCGUAUUUGAAAAACAA